GCUGCAGCUGCUGAUGUUCGUCGAUGGUCGAUCUGCAGAUGGUGGUUGGAAUAAUAGUGAAUUUUUGUCCAUCGCUAAAAAGUUCAAACUAAAUACAAACGAGAUAGGCGUGGACAUUAAAAGUUGGUGUAUCGUUUAGCUAAGUUUGUGCAGCAACUUUACACAUUAAAUGCCUGGCUGGGCGAUUUGAUUUCCCGUUGUCACCGUUCUUUUUAUUGUGCGCAGUUGAGCCAUUUUCUUGUGGUUGGAAAAUAAAGGGCAAGUGAGGCGAAAGAAAAAAAAAGGUUGGAGUGCGUGUGUGCGACGGAAUUUUCUCAAUACUUGGGCCGCAAAAGUUGAUUUAAAAAUCGUAUACCAGUAGAAGGUGCUCGAAUACAGGAUUAUACAGCAGUUUUCUUUGGAAUUUGUUCAUCGACUGUGCUAGGAAAGCCAACCCACUCAUUGAGGAUGGAAUGUCUGGACGCCUUCAUUGGGCCGGGACCAUCUGCUGGUUCAUCAACGACGUCCGCAGCACCCACCGUCGCCUUACCACAAUCGUCCGAAGUUUGCAAGUUCUUCAAGCUUGGAUCAUGUCGCUUUGGAACCAGCUGUAGAUUUCUCCACGUGGCUGCAACGGCAGUCGAUCAGCCCUCAGCCCAGACAUCACCAAAUGUAUCCUCGACCGCGGGAGUACAAAUCCCAACAACCGGUGCUCCGGUGAAAUGCUCAUUCAAAAUCGAUCCAUUGAAAUGGGUCAAUGCACCGGAGUUCGUGCCCAAAUCGAAACAAACUCCUUCUACGGAUGUAUCGGAUGGUUUGGAAGAAAUGCAGUUGGAAAAAGAACAAGAGCAGGAGGAUGACAACCUUGAAGGUGCUAUACGGGAGUCAAGUGAUCCAGAUGAACUGGCCGCCGAUGAUGCCGACAGUGAGCGGGGUGGUGCUGGUUCUGGUGCGAUAUCCUAUGCCGACAUCGUGACUAUGCACAACAAUCACAACGGGAUGGGAAUCAUCGAGGAACAAGUCGAUUGUGUGCUUUGUCCGUACUACGAGAACAGCGGAGUGUGCCUGUUGGACGAGUGUCCUUACGAACAUGGCGAACCUUGUGAACUGUGCGGUCGGUUUUGCCUAAAUCCUGCCGACAAGGAACAGCAACGGCAGCACAACGUGGAAUGCAUCAAACAGCACGAGCUGGAUAUGGAGCAUUCGUUCGCUAUACAGCGAUCCAAGGACAAAAUCUGCGGUAUCUGUCUGGAGGUGAUCCUUGAAAAACCCGGCCGUGAGCAGCGAUUUGGCAUUCUACCGAACUGCAAUCACGUGUUUUGUCUAGAGUGUAUACGGACCUGGCGGAAGGCACAAAACUUCGAAAAUAAAAUCAAAAGGGGUUGCCCAACGUGCCGUAUAUCGUCGGAUUUUGUCUGUCCGAGCAUCGUUUGGGUCGAGGGCCAGGAGGAGAAAGAAAAACUAAUCAACGACUAUAAGAAAGCGUGUAACACAACUCACUGCAAGCACUUCAACAAGGGCUCGGGUAAGUGCCCGUUCGGUAACAAAUGCUUCUACAAACACGCCCUGCCAAGUGGCCAGCUGGUCGACAUGGGCGGCCCUUCACGAUCGUCGGACCGUCUUCGGCUUUCCCACCUGCAUGACUUUUUCCGAACUGUGAUCCGUCAGCGUGGUCGUCUGUCGGAAGAGUUUGUGUCACUGUUCAUAUCCGAUAGCGAAGACUCGGAAAUGUCCGAACUGUACGACUAUUAUGACAUUUAGUUGCACAGUUUGGAUUUUCAGCAGCAGGAGCAGCAGCAACUUCCGGCACCGUUGCUGUUACAUCAACAACAACAUCAACUAUUUCCACCCAGCAAUUUGUGUCAGCAACAACGAUUACCAAUAAGAUUGGAAAACGGGGGCAGCCAAGCGUCGUCACGCUUCCGGCAACUCCACCCAAAUCGUUAUCUAUACUAUUACCACUAUUACUAUUACUACUAUCAGCUGCGUGAAACAACAGGAGGUACUAUCGGUGCCCCGAAUCCUGCCCCUUAUAAUAACAGUAAUAACAGCAGCAACAGCAGCAGUAGCAGCAGCAACGACAUCAAUAAUUGUAUCUUUGUCUACUUGAUCCACAUUGGAAGUGGAACGACCCCGACCACAGGAGUACCGAUUCUCAUCCCGGUGAUGUAGAAACGGGUAAACACCACCAGUCUGGGCUCGUUCUCGCGUUUGUUUACGAAACACUAAAUUUAAUUAUCGUACCGUUGUCAGUCGUCGUCUAAACCAAGAACAAACAAGCAAAACAAUGAUUGUCUUUCUCAUGUUUCAAAACACUCUGGACACUGCACGGCGGCGUGCGCGUCCCGUUUUUUCGGUAUGUAAGAGAAAUUGUCAUAACCGCAAUGGUUGUUUAACUAGUUUGGUUUAUCUAUCGAACUGUGACAGAAAAAUUUGUACAGUGAGCAACUGAACUAAAGCCACUGAAAAUGUCCCGAUUUGCGUAACGAAUUCGAAUCCGCACUUUUCGUGUAAAUCUGUUUGAUUUUGCCAUUAUUUUUUGUAAUCCCUAUUUAUUUGAAUCGAAACCAAUACAACAAAACGUGUCGUGACGCACCUAGAGUUAAUUCAUAAACAUUAACGUUCAAAUUGUAUAUUUUUGCCUUUAGUUAACCCUUCGAUUUUCAAAAGAGUACUAACAAAUUCCCAAUUGUAUAGUUAAAAAAUAACCUCUAAAAUUAUACACAAAUAAUUGAAAUGUAUUUUUCAUUGAUGGAAAGUUUUUCAUUGAAAAGCGGAACUAAAGACCAUCUCCAACUAAGAAAGAUACGCAACUUGUGUUCAGAUUUUCAAAAGUUUUUCCUUGUUGUCAGGAUCGAAAUGUUGAAUGCGUUAAUUCAUUAUCGGAAUACCAAAUCAAAUGUAAUAAAUGUCUAAAAGAAUGCUCAAACCAGAUGAAUAAGUAAUAAUAAUGAAGUAUAAAUUUUAAUUCAGGAAGGAAAUUUACUGUUUGGAAUCAUCAUAAACGAUAAAGUUUUAUAAGAGCUCUUUUUUGAUUAUAACUACAUUUCGAAUUUGACUUCAAUUCGGUAAAAGUCAUAUUACUAGCGUAUUAGAUUUAAUUUAGAAAAAUCUUUGUUUUUAAGACCAUAUUCUUAGACGCCCACAAAAAACAAAACGGUAAAAGCGAUCAUAUUAUAGUUAGACUCAAAACGCUUACUCUUUGAAAAAUUCUCAUGUUUUUUGUUCAAAAUUUGUUUGAAAAUGAAACAAAUUAUAACACGAAAAUAAAAUAUAUUCACCAAAUAUCAUCAAUUAUCACUUCUGUUUAGCUUAGUUCAACGUUAUAGGAUUUUGUAUUAGUAAUCUAGAUAUUUCAGGAUUAAUUUAAACAAUUUUAAAAUUUAAACACGUUUAGUUUGAUGAUUACCGUAACAAAAGCAAAUGUAUGGCAUUUCGAUUCUUUUGUCAAACUGGUACCUGAUUUGUCGCAAAAUACCUCUCAACUAGUAGUUAAUAUCGUUUCACAAAAUCUGAUUAUCGAAGGGAUGAAAUUUUGAAAAACAGAACACAAAUAGAAGUUGGAGCGUGGUUAUUUUUUUGAAUAUCAUAAUGCAAUCGUUCUCCCUAUUAUGUACUCGAAAACAAAAAAAAAAAAAAUAAAUAAAUAAAAA